CCAACUCUAGCAUUCUGUGAUAUGUAGUCCGGAGCUCCGUGUACUCGCACAUACCUCAGCUACAGUAAGGCUGUAAACAUUUCCCCUGGAAUCCUGGGAACUACAGUCCAAUCGUUCCAGGUAGUUGUAGGCACUUCCGGCUCGAGGAAGGCAGUGCUGUGGAAUUCUGGGAAGUGUAGUCCCGGUGCUCUUGAUAAUUGCAGGCACUUCCGCCCAGGAAGACGACGUAGCAGCCAUCUUUUCCAUGGCUCUGGUGAUUCAGGUCAGCUUCUCAGGAACCUUUCAGACUUCCCCGAAAUGCGCUUGUGUCAACAACUAGCGGUCUUUUGUUUGGAGAAAAAAAGGAGUAGCGGCGAAGAACGGAGCCCUGACUUCUCAAAAAGCACUGCACAGAGGAGGAGGCAGCAGAACCCCAUCUUCUUAGGACUCUGCACUUCCCCAGAAGGAAGAAUUAAAAAUGAAUGUGUUCAAGGAAGCAGUGACCUUCAACGACAUAGCUGUGGCCUUCACGGAGGAGGAGUUGGGGCUUCUGGGCCCUGCCCAGAGGAAGCUGUACCGAGAUGUGAUGGUGGAGAACUUUAGGAACCUGCUGUCAGUGGGGCAUCAACCCUUCCAACAAGAUGUAUCACCUAUAGAAAGAAAUGAGCAGCUUUGGAUAGUGACGACAGCAACCCAAAGACAGAGAAAUUUAGGAGAGAAAAAUCAAAGUAAGUUAGUAACUAUUCAAGACAGAGAAUCAGAAGAAGAGCUUUCUUGCUGGCAAAUCUGGCAACAAAUUGCAAAUGACUUAACCAGGUGUCAAGACUCCAUGAUCAAUAAUUUUCAAUUUCACAAACAAAGUGAUUUCCCUUGCCAGGUAGGGGCAGAACUGUCUGUUCAAAUUUCCAAAGAUGAGAACUAUACAGUAAAUAAAGCAGAUGGUCCCAGUGAUACUGGGAAUCCAGAGUUUCCUAUCUUGAGAACCCAGGAUUCUUGGAGGAAAACAUUCCUGACUGAGUCACAGAGAUUGAACAGAGAUCAGCAAAUUUCCAUAAAAAAUAAAUUAUGUCAAUGUAAGAAGGGUGUUGAUCCCAUCAGUUGGAUUUCACAUCAUGAUGGUCAUAGAGUACACAAAAGUGACAAGUCUUAUAGACCCAAUGAUUACGAAAAAGACAACAUGAAGAUUUUGACAUUUGAUCAGAAUAGCAUGAUUCACACAGGACAGAAAUCUUACCAGUGUAAUGAGUGUAAAAAACCCUUCAGUGAUCUCUCCAGCUUUGAUCUUCAUCAGCAGUUACAAUCAGGAGAGAAGUCUCUUACAUGUGUUGAACGUGGAAAAGGCUUCUGUUACAGCCCAGUUCUUCCUGUUCAUCAGAAAGUACAUGUGGGAGAAAGACUUAAAUGUGAUGAGUGUGGUAAGGAAUUCAGUCAGGGCACUCAUCUGCAGACCCAUCAGAAAGUCCACGUGAUAGAGAAACCAUACAAAUGUAAGCAAUGUGGGAAAGGUUUCAGUCGUAGAUCAGCACUUAAUGUUCAUUGUAAGGUCCACACGGGAGAGAAACCUUAUAAUUGUGAGGAGUGUGGGAGGGCCUUCAGUCAGGCCUCUCAUCUUCAGGACCAUCAGAGACUCCACACUGGGGAGAAGCCAUUCAAAUGUGAUGCAUGUGGUAAGAGCUUCAGUCGGAAUUCACAUCUUCAAUCCCAUCAAAGAGUUCAUACAGGAGAGAAACCAUACAAAUGUGAGGAGUGUGGUAAGGGCUUCAUUUGUAGCUCAAAUCUUUACAUUCAUCAGAGAGUCCAUACAGGAGAAAAACCCUAUAAAUGUGAGAAAUGUGGUAAAGGCUUUAGUCGGCCUUCAAGUCUUCAGGCCCAUCAGGGAGUCCACACUGGAGAGAAGUCAUACAUAUGUACUGUAUGUGGGAAAGGCUUUACUCUGAGUUCAAAUCUUCAAGCCCAUCAGAGAGUCCACACUGGAGAGAAGCCAUACAAAUGCAGUGAGUGUGGGAAGAGCUUCAGGAGGAACUCCCAUUAUCAAGUUCAUCUAGUGGUCCACACAGGAGAGAAACCCUACAAAUGUGAGAUAUGUGGGAAGGGCUUCAGUCAAAGUUCCUAUCUUCAAAUCCAUCAGAAGGCCCACAGUGUAGAGAAACCUUUUAAGUGUGAGGAAUGUGGGCAGGGUUUCAAUCAGAGCUCACGACUUCAGAUUCACCAGCUGAUCCAUAAGGGUGAGAAACCGUACAAAUGUGAAGAGUGUGGCAAGGGAUUUAGUCGUAGAGCAGAUCUUAAAAUUCACUGUAGGAUCCACACAGGAGAGAAACCAUAUAAUUGUGAGGAGUGUGGGAAGGUCUUCAGGCAGGCCUCAAAUCUUUUGGCCCAUCAGAGAGUCCACAGUGGAGAAAAACCAUUCAAAUGUGAAGAGUGUGGGAAGAGUUUUGGUCGGAGUGCACAUCUUCAAGCCCAUCAAAAAGUCCACACUGGAGAAAAGCCAUACAAAUGUGAUGAGUGUGGGAAGGGCUUCAAGUGGAGCUUGAAUCUUGACAUGCAUCAGAGGGUGCACACGGGAGAAAAACCAUAUAAAUGUGGGGAGUGUGGUAAGUACUUCAGUCAGGCAUCAAGUCUUCAACUUCAUCAGAGUGUCCACACAGGAGAGAAACCAUACAAAUGUGAUAUGUGUGGUAAAGUCUUCAGUCGGUCUUCACAACUACAAUCUCAUCAGAGAGUUCACACUGGGGAAAAACCUUAUAAAUGUGAGAUAUGUGGUAAGAGCUUCAGUUGGAGAUCGAAUCUUACAAUUCAUCACAGAAUCCAUGUUGGUGAUAAAUCCUAUAAAAAUAAUAGGGGUGGUAAGAGCAUCAGAGAAUCCACACAGGAAAAAAAAUCCAUAAAAUGAUUAUUUGUGAA